UAAUUAAGAAAAGCCCGUUGUUUAGUGUUUUUUUUCGUCCAAUUAAUUUACCUGCAGUUGAUUGCAAUGACACGGGUAUGCCUGUAGAGGGCGACAACAACUUCCAAUGACUGUAAAGCGGCAGACGAAGAAGUACUCUUUGUUUACGAUUGUUCCGUAAAUUUCUGCCUUCUUAUGUCUGGUUUUAGUUUGAAAAGCUGAACUUAUCCUCCAUUUCCUCAUCUUAAAGAAAUGUUAAACGACUCAUCUAAUGAUCGGAACCAGCCCGCCUGUGAAGGUGCAGGCGGAGGUCUGCUCCUCCGUGACUCCGGUGAGGGGAUCUCCUCCUCCUCCAAGUUCCUUCAGGCUGAGCUGGAGCUCAACGCCCAUCUGAGAGGCCUGACCUUCAGCGAGCCUAUCCGGUAUAUUUACAACCCGCUGGAGUACGCCUGGGACACCCACCGCUGCUACGUGGAGAAGUACUGCCGCGCCGGGCAGAGCGUCCUGUUUCUGGGCAUGAAUCCCGGACCGUUCGGCAUGGCUCAGACCGGGGUUCCUUUCGGUGAGGUCAGGUCCGUUGUCGAUUGGCUGAAGAUCACAGGAGAGGUCGGUCACCCUGACAACGAGCAUCCCAAGCGGCCCAUUGUGGGUCUGAGGUGCACCCAGACUGAAGUGAGCGGCGCUCGGUUCUGGGGACUCUUCAAAAAACUGUGCGUGGAACCAGACCGGUUUUUCCAACACUGCUUUGUUCACAAUCUGUGUCCACUCAUCUUCAUGAACCACAACGGGAAGAACCUGACCCCCCCAGAGCUGCCUGCAGCCGAGCGGGACGCGCUCCUGGCCAAGUGUGACAGCGCUCUGUGUGAAAUGGUGAAGGAGCUCCGCUUCUCCAUGGUGAUCGGUGUGGGGAGGAUGGCGGAGCAGCGGGCCCGCAAGGUGCUGUCCGCCGCAGGCUUGAGCGUUCGGGUGGAGGGCAUCAUGCAUCCAUCUCCCAGAAGCCCGCAGGCCAACAAGGGCUGGGAGCAAGCUGUAAAAACCAAACUGGAAGAACUUGGAGUUCUUUCACUUCUGUGCAACACUUCAGGAGCAGAAGGUCUUCUGCAGUAACAGCUCCUGACAGACAUCAAUGACACUAACAUUCUACAGAUCUAGGUCAAUGAAAACCGGUCAAGUAACGAGCUUAUGGAAAAAAAUGUUCAGAAUGUUAGAAAGUUCCGAUCAAACAAAACGAGCUACAUAAGUAUGUAAGUAAGAAACAGAGGAAGGUCUUCCUCCUUCAGGAGAUUUGAGAAUGCAGAAUUCAUUGUUUUAUUUACCACAGCAAGUCCUCUGGUCCUGAAGCAGCCAAGCUACUCCACACCAUCACACUGCCGCCGCCAUAUUUCUGCUAGUUUGAUGUUCUUUUUUUAUGAUGUUAUCAUUUUUUUCAUUGAUCUUGCAUAUUUUUAUUGAUGCUGCUGGUUGUCUAUCAAAUCCUGCAUUUUCUGAA